AUGGUACAAGAUGCGGGAAAUUUUGGCUCUAACGCUAUCGAAUUGUGGGAACUAGGGGUUUCGAAAGAGAAAGAUGGUAUGAUGAUGGAUGCAAUAGGGUGUUACAGAAGGGCUUUGAAGAUUGAUGAAGAGGUGGAAAACAAGUAUCGCAAGCUGGUGCGUCAGAAAUUGUCCAAUAAGGUCGCUUCUUCGGCUUUGGUGUCUACAGUAACGGCAAAAACGGAGGCUCCAAAAGCUAGACACGAUGAUGAACAACUUUCUUCGAACGGUAAGGAAAACGAAGAGCCACUACCCUGUUGGCUGCUGGAACUGUUGACCGAUGAUAUUUUGCAACAAAUCGUAUUGCAAAUUGUGGCUACUUCGGGAGACUCAUGGGUCAAUUUGGCACUGACAUGCAAAAGACUCCAAAGGCUGUGUUUUCGGAGACCAGAACCUUACCGUACAUUUGCAAGGCAUAUAUAUUCGUUGCAACAAUAUGAUGAGGCUUCGUUGACGCUCAAUGGACUCAGCAAUAUGCAAGUGCUCGAACAGGCUCUCUGGGGCACCGAUUACAAACGCAUGCUACAAGAGCGAGCAUUUGUCAAAUUCCAAGGCUGCUACAUCAGUGUUGUAAAUUAUUUGAGACACGGUGCGAAUCCGGAGGGCUCGCUUUCAUUGGUCAGUCCCGUGCAUAUGAUCACCUACUACCGAUACCUGAGAUUUUAUCCGGAUGGAACUUGUCUACGACUGGUAUCCACUGACGCCCCGUCUUUGGUGGUUAGGCAUUUUCAUCGUGAGCAUACUGUGAAGCAUGCAGAGUUGUGUGCGUGGUCGUGUUCGAUCGAUGACGAUUUUUCAGUAUUGACGAUAAAGCGCAGCAAUGAUAAAUACAGGUUUGAAGAAACUUUACGAAUCUGUUCCCAUGGUCAUCGUCGAUAUCACAGGCUAAAUUGGAUUCGAUCAGAAGCGUAUCAGGACACCGGUGAUCGCAUCGACUUUUCUAUGCAAAAUGAAAAGCCAUUCUCUUUUUCCAGAGUGAACGCUUAUAGACUAGAUAAUGCCACGCAUCAUCAAACUUGA